CCUGGAUGAGAGCUGCUGAAGUCGCAGCCACUCCACUCCGUGUUUUGCCCUGCCCUUGUGCGCUCUGCUCGUUGUGCGGCGUGUGUCUCCGUUUGCAUUCCGCCUGCCUCACACUGACACAAACGCAGAGGCUGCUGUGUGGAGCUGGAGAAGUUAUCGGCGUUUAAAGCACCAGGUAGCAAGUGUGUCUAGCAACGGAUUUGCAAUUGGACUCUUCUUUUUUUUUUUUUUCUUUUCAUGGGGGAUGACAGACGAAUCUUUUGCAAUGAGGCGGACGCACCACAAUCUAAAGUGAGGAGUGUUUUUUUUAUUUUUUAUUUUUAAUUUUUGUUUGUUUAUUAUGGACAUCUGACAUUCUUGCUUCACUGGAGAAAACCCUUCCACCAGCCUCUUGGAUUUGUUUUUAUUCUUAUUUUUUUUUGUAUCUGACGGAAGGUGAACUAUCUAUUAUCAAGGAUUUCACUGAUGUAUGCGAUGUGGAGACUGCAAGUCGCCUUAUGUACUCUGUCGGUGCUGUCCCUGUCAUUCGGUGGUGAAAGCAAAGCGCGGAGCUGUAGCGAGGUUAGACAAGCUUAUAACGCAAAAGGAUUCAGCCUUGUCAAUGUACCUCAUCAGGAAAUAUCAGGAGAGCACCUGCGUGUCUGUCCUCAGGGAUACACCUGCUGCACAUCCGAGAUGGAGGACAAGCUCAACCAGCAGAGUAAACUGGAGUUUGAGAACAUGGUCGAGGAGACCAGCCACAACAUGAGAGCUACAUUUGUCUCGAGGCAUAAAAAGUUUGACGAGUUUUUCUUGGAGCUGCUGGACAAUUCUGAGAAGUCUCUCAACAGUAUGUUCACGCGGACAUACGGGAAGCUGUAUAUACAGAACUCAGAGGUGUUCCAGGACCUAUUCACUGAGCUAAAGCGUUACUAUACAGGAGGAAACGUCAACCUGGAGGAGAUGCUCAAUGACUUCUGGUCCAAGCUGCUGGAGCGAAUGUUCCAGUUACUCAACUCCCAGUAUCACUUUACCGAUGACUACCUGGAAUGCGUCAGUAAAUACACAGAUCAGCUAAAACCCUUUGGAGAUGUGCCCAGGAAACUGAAGGCCCAAGUCACCAGGGCCUUCAUAGCUGCACGGACGUUUGUCCAGGGGCUAAUGGUGGGUCGGGAGGUAGCCAACAGGGUCGCCAAGGUGAAUGUAGCUCCAGCGUGUGUCAGAGCCUUAACCAAGAUGCUGUACUGUCCGUACUGUCGCGGCAUGCCCGGCCUCAAACCCUGUCACAACUACUGUCACAACGUUAUGAGAGGAUGUCUAGCAAACCAGGCAGACCUUGAUGCUGAAUGGAACCUCUUUAUUGAUGCUAUGCUGCUGGUGGCAGACAGACUGGAGGGACCCUUCAACAUUGAAGUGGUUAUAGAGCCAAUAGACAUCAAGAUCUCUGAGGCAAUCAUGACGAUGCAGGACAACAGUAUGCAAGUGUCAGCCAAGGUUUUUCAAGGGUGUGGCCAACCAAAGCCUUCAGGAAUAGGCAGAUCUGCACGUGGCAUCUCAGAUGUAUUUAGCAGCCGCUUCAAACACUUCACCCCUGAAGAGAGGCCGACGACAGCAGCAGGAACAAGCCUGGAAAGACUGAGGGUUGUCUGGAGGACAAUGCAACACAGUGUGAUUGACAUUAAAGAGAAGUUAAAGGAGUCCAAGCGGUUCUGGUCCAACCUGCCAGAUGACAUCUGUGCCAAGGGCAAGCUCACAGAGUCUGAUGAUGAGCAGUGCUGGAACAGCCACACUAAGGGCAGAUAUUUCCCUGAAGUAGUGAAGGAGGGUCUCACCAACCAGAUGAACAACCCAGAAGUGGAUGUGGAUAUCACCAGACCUGACACACUGAUCCGACAGCAGAUCAUGGCUCUGCGUGUCAUGACCAAUAAGCUGAAGAACGCUUACAACGGAAAUGACAUCUACUUCCAAGAUUCCAGUGACGAAGGCAGUAGUUCUGGCAGUGGCAGUGGCUGCACUGACGGUUGCACAACAGAAUUUGUUUAUGUUGGAACAGAGGCUUCUGUGAUCGGGGUCGACAGAAGCAAUGAACACGCGGCGGCGGCAGGAAAAUCAGUUUCCUGCGGACCCUCCCUCCUGCUGACGAUGGUGGCCGUCACAGUCCCGCUCUGGGCAGUGCAGAGUCAGUGGAGAUAAUACACGGGUGUGGCCUGGUCACUGACUUUCGUACUGUCACAUACAGUGCGUUUAACUGCAAGUUCUACAGCUGUUCCCUUCACUGAACGUGUAGAACCUCUUGGAAACCUGUUGUGGAAGGUUUACUGUAUGGUGUGGUAGGACUGGAAGUGAGUGCAGUGCUGCAUCCUGCUCGUCCCCCAAAGAAUGCUCGGUGCCAUCACUGAACCAGCUUUCACAUCUCUAAAAAUAAGAAAAUGUGGUGUUUUCUCGAUAUUCUAGUGGGGUUUUGUUUCUCAAGAAAAAGAUGCUUCUCUUUUAAAAUGGAUAAAUUGUCCUUAAAUGGUUAUGUCGAUGACUUUACAAAUAAAGGGGAAUCUAUUUUUCUUUUGCUUUGUAUGACAAAGUUGUGUAAACGAGUUAACACCCAUUUUUUUUCUAUUAGUUUUGUCCCCUUCAGACAAACGGUGAAAGUCUUACUGUGUGCAUGCAUGGAAAUGAUGUUAACUGACAAACUUUGUUUUAGGUUUUUAUUGCAGGCUACACAGUUUUGGGUUGUUUGGUACAGGACUGUACAGAGCUAGUGGUUCACCUGGUUUCCUGUUUGGUCAUAUCAGUGUGGCUUCUGGAAGCAGCAUUUCCUACAGCUACUUUAUAGUUGCACAUUUGAUUAUCUCUAAGAAAGUACCACUGUACUGCACUAAGAGAACUACUUUGCACAAAUUAUUUUUGUUGGCUUCAUAAGUUUAUAAAGCUACCGAAAACAUCCAGUCCAUAUAGAAAAAUCUAUAUUUUCAGAUCAUUUAACUGAUUGUAUUGUACUGUACCUAUCAACAGUUACGUAUUUCACUGGAAGGUACUGUAAUGUAAUCUUGCUGGUUUAGUUAAUGGUUACAUUUUUAUAUGUGUAUUAUUUGUUUUUAAAAAAAAAAAAUAUCCGAUCAUCUGUAAAAUUAAAAAAACAAGCUUGUCUCAACAUUAGCCAUUAUACUACAAUUUCCUGCUACUGAUGUUCAAUUAUCUGAUCUACUCUCUUGUGCUUGGGUACUUAACAUGCACUCAAACCAAUUUCCUUUUUGUUUUUCAGAGGAUAUAUUAGACAUAUUAGGUAUAGGAGUGAAAUUUAAUGAAAUAGUCAUUUGUUUGUUCAUGGCUCAAAUGCUUUAAUUAUUUUUGAUGAGCACAUAUGUUGUCCUCUGAUGAGCUCGACACUCUUGCUCACUCACACUUUCUGAAGCAAUGCAGUGAAAUUUGCAUGUGCUUGUUUGAAAAUUCUGAUCACACCUGCCCACAGCCUACAGGGUAAGACUGUAGAAGUGGUCAUGUUCUCUUGCAAGGCAUGUACAAAGUCAGCAAGUUAAGAAGCAUCGUGCCAAGGUUGGACGAAUACAGUAUGCCUCUUCCUCUAGGUUUAUUAUUCAUAAUCUUUGUUUUACUUCCUAAAGGAUCUGACCUUUGAUGAGGUCCAGGGGCUUAUGGGGGAAAACCAGAUACUUGCACUACCUGCCCUCGCACCAGUACAACAUGAUGGCAGUGACCUUGGGUCACACAAAACAGUCCCAGAAACAUUCCAGACAAACUCUGGAAGCAAACAAAGGUGCCAAUGUUCACAAUGUUUCACAAAGAGGGGCCUCAAAUCAACAGCUCUCAUGGAGUAUUCAGAUCAAACACGUCAGUUAAUAAGCACCUGAAAUGCUUUCAUGUAUCCAAUAAGCCAGUCUCCUGUCUCCACAGGGGCCUUCCACACAACGCAGCUCUGUAACAAAUUAACAGCUGCUGUGAGCAUCUCAAAGAGCCUCUGAGCUCCACAUAGAAUACUAAAGUUAGCAUGGGGUGCAAGACUUUCUCCUCUUUGUCUCAAGCAGCAGGCAUCAAGUUGCCUGUUCUGAAAAUGUGGUUAUUGGAUUUUCUAGCAUAAAUGCCUGAAGCCGGUGCUUCUGGGCCUCCGUUAAAUGAGUGAGCACAUCAAGUAGACUUAGACCCACAUUGCCAAAGUUUUCACCAGCAAAAGAGUUGUCAGCACCUUAAGGUACAUCUCUCUUCUAUAAUCUCGUAUGAUUUAUCAGAAAGUACAAGCUCCAUAGAAAAAGGGCAAACAAUUGACCUCUGUCGCCUCACUCUCUACAGAAACAGCUUUAAGAGAAGGUGACUGUACAGCAGCCUCCCAAUGAAACUAUCACGACAAAAGUAAAUCACUGACACAUGAAUGAAAUGAAUGAAAGUGACUGACAUAAGUACCACCCAAACAAAAAACUGACCAUUGCAGGAGCACCAAGAUGAGCUAGUACAUAAAGAACAUGACAAACACCACAAACAAAAUGCCAGCAUCACAACUAUGACACAGUCACUAUUGAAAAGGACAAAUUAGGAGACUGUGUUUGAAUAACAGCCAACAUGGGUAUUAAUGAGGCAGUUGGAAGCUCUGGUUUCCCGAUUUGAUAAACCGUUGUUGGUCGUUAUUAGAUGAUGAGUGUAGAGAAAAAAGGGUGGAUGCCAUGGUCAAUGAGAUCCAUCCACAAUAGAGGGACACAAGGCCACCUCUCAAUGGUUAAGACACUUCAGUCACUACACUGUAGAGCAGAUGAUACCUGGUUAAUAUUAAAAAAAAAAAAGAUAAGCUCGGUUUCCAUGAAUCAUCGUAAUUGGUAGAAACAUCAUGUAAAUUGGACUGCAUCGUAAAGAGUGAUUGAGCAGACCUGUUGAGUUCUUCAGAGGGUGACGCUGUAUGGGACAGGAUGGAGACAGUGUACAGGAGACCAAACACAUAAACACGCCUUUACCCAUGUUUUAAAGACAAUACAUAAAUGUCUGUGUAAGCCAUGUUCACACAGACAUUUAUACAGAAUUAACAUGGGUUUAACUGUUUUGUUUGAUAAAAGACUUUUCUAGAGCAGCUGCUAUCCAUUUUGCCAUGUGAAUAUGAGGAUCCAACUGGAAAUAUGCCACUAUAAAAUAGUAUGAAACUAUACAGUGAACAUCAUUAGAUAUCAGGAUCUAUUUGUGUUUUCUCUACGCAUCAGUACAGUCAUUGAAAGUUCAUUUCUGCAAGUGAAAUUCAAGGAUGUCCAUCUUUCAUCUUUCAUUUAGUUUUAUAUUUCUUUGAAUAUUCUACAUACUACAUAGGCUGCAGAGUUUUUAGGCAUUUACAGUGACAUAAAGUGCAUAUCUCCACAGCAAACAAUGCCACAAUGUGUGUUAAAACUAUUGUAGAUUCAAUUCAUGAGAUUCUAACAUUGAUAAAUUCAAUAAAUAUGCAGUAAACACUAGGAAGAGGAAAAAAAAGAGUUGUUUCUAAGUGGAAGUUAUAUAUCACUGGAGUCAAACACAGCUAUAUAAAUUCAGUUUUCAGUAUUACAAAAAAAAAAAAAAAAAUUGUGGAGGCAGAUAUUUUUAGUGAAGGUCGGAAGUGAGGCGGAACAAUCAGUGCACUGUGUUUGCGAUAAUAAGGCAGGAAGUUUGCUGUGUGGCUUCAGAUAUUGGCAUUGUUUCAGCUUUGGCUCUUCGCCUUCUCAGUGAGGCUUGACGAUUCUGUUUUAAAAGCAUAAAACUCUGUAACAGUCUGCAGCCGCACAAAAGGUCGAAUACACCCUUAAGAGCCUAUGCGAGAUCUGUUAUGGCAGCAACAAGAGUCCGGAAUGAGCAUUAGGCAGGUUUUUACUUUGUCUUCACCAAACACAGAGAAAAAUAUCUGACUUAAGGAAGAUAGUUUUAGUAGUGGGUCCAAUUUUUUUCCAAAGAGUUCGUGUCAGUGCAAACAAGAGUCAUUAGCCAUUUCCAAUGUCUUGUGUAUUCCUCUCUCCUUCCUGAAAAGCUAUGUAAUCAUGGUCAGACAUGCAGUACAUUAUCACUGUCUGAGAUGCUUCAGCAAUUAACUUAAUUUGUCUGUGAACCAUAUUUAUUUUGUUGUCUUUUCCCUCCUUGUUGGCAUCGAAAAAUUUAA